AAUUUCGACAAAGUUUCUUGAAAAACCAAAAACACGAACAUUAGUAACAUGCAACUUUUCCAUACGGACUUUCAGAAUGUUUGACAUUACGUAACAGAUUCAAACAGGUGCUAAAGAAAACGAAAUGUAACAAUCACCUCUACGUAAUGUUCUAUAACGUAACAGAAAUCCAAAUCAGUAAUAAGCCAAACAGAAAUUUAACGGAAUAACUGAAUAAUCUAACGACGUAUUCAUCCAAGUAAAUCAUUAGAGGCUUAAAAUUCGGCACAAACAUCAAUAAUAGAAACAAAAACAUUUCGAGCAGGUAAGCAUCAUUUACAAUUGAUAAAAUCGCAGAGUACGCGCAUAAUAACAUCGAGUAGGAAAUAAACGUAUGAAUUAUGUGAUAAAAAGAAAGAUAGAGAGAAAAAAUGUAGAUAUUAAUCAUUUUUAUAUACAAAUAUCAAAUACAUAUAUUACUGAUACAUAACAUAGGUAUUUUAAUUUAUUAAAAAAAAAGUUGACAAUAAAUAAAAUUGUAAAAUACAAUUUGCAUUACGUUAUGUAAAUUUGAAUAUUCAAUAUAAACAGACGUAUACAAUUUAGUAUAAUACGACACAUGUCGUAAUACGAUAUAGGACACAUGGCUCGUUGAAUAAUAAUCAGUGGAACUAUUAUGCGAUUACAUAAUCUGGCUCUAUGUGGUGAGAUGACGCAUAUCAGCAGUCUCCUCUCAAUGUCAAUAUCACUAAGAGCUGUUAAUAGAAAAAGUGUCAAAAAAUACCAUUUAUUAAUUUAUGAAAAAAGAUAUAUGAUAAAUUAAUUUCUUUAAAAAGAUGCUACAAUGGUUUAUUAGAAUAAUAACGAAUACUCCAAAUUUAGUAUUUAAUAUUUAUUAGAUUUCUAAUUAAAAUAAAAAUUGUAUUAUAUAACUGAAAAAAGUUCCAUAGCAACAUCAUUUGUGAUGUAACCUUCUGCAAGCUAUUUUGUGGCAAUCAACUAACACUACUAUACUUGCAUAUUGCUGCUAUUUGUGCUAGAUAGAGUUAUCACGAUUGAAACUGCUCGACACCGGAUCAUUCAGUACCAAGUGACUAUUACAAGAAAAAAGAGAUGGCUACUGCGCUCGUAUCUUUAAUUCUUGGAGCAAUAAUAAUUCUCUACCUGUACCUAACGAGAAACUUAAAAUACUGGCAAAAACGAGGAGUUCCUUGCGCGAAUGGCGCUCUACCGGGAAUUGGCCACAUGUGGCAUUUUAUCUCCAUGCGGGAAACCUUCGCCGAAUGGUGUCAUAAAACUUACGAUAAUAACAAGGAUUACAGUAUGGUCGGUUUCUAUAAUUUCAUGAAGCCGACAUUGCUGAUUCGCGAACCGGAGCUGAUAAAAACAGUGCUACAAACAAACUUCACAAAUUUUCACGACACUGGACUCAAAGUCGACCCUGAGUUGGAUCCUCUUUUGGCGAACAAUCCUUUCUUCGUGUACGGAGAUAAGUGGGUGACAGGACGAAAGCGACUGACAUACGCAUUCUCCAGCAUGCGACUAAAAAUUCUACUCGAGAGCGUUAAGCAAGUAUGUGAAGAAUUAGAGAAUUUCGUGGAUAAAAAGCUAAGCAAGGUGGAAAAGGUGGAAAUAGAACUGAAGGAUCUGUUCGCCAAGUACACCGCGCAGGUGGUAGCGAACGCUGGUUUUGGAGUGAACGGACUAUGUUUUGACGAUGAGAAACAGAAGGAGUCCUUCUACGCAUUAGGCAAAUCUUUCCGCGAGCCGUCUUUUAUGAAAAACGUUAUCUUUAUCAUUGUGUUUCUAAUACCUUGGUUGGGCAAAGUUCUCAAGCUCAGAUUCUUGCCAAAAAAAGUCGACCAUUUCUUCAGAACAUUGGUCAAGGAUAUCAUCGAGCAGAGAAGAACGAGCGAAACGCGGAGAAACGACUUCCUCCAAUUGAUGGUCGAAUUGGAGCAUAUGGAAAAUGAUAAAUUCGACGUAGAGGUCGUGACGUCCCAUGCGGUGUCAUUCUUCCUCGACGGCUACGAGACUUCCAGCACAACUUUAUGUUUCGUUGGAUUUCACUUAGCUGCUUACCCAGAAGUGCAGAAGAAAUUACGCGAGGAGAUAAUAACCGUACUAUCCAAACAUAAUGGCACUCUCACAUAUGACGCCUUGAAGGAAAUGACCUACAUGGAUCAAGUAAUAAGCGAGUCACAGAGAGCCAUACCGACAUUAGGAUUUAUGAAUAGAUCGUGCACAGACGCGAUUGAUUUGAAAGGAUCCGACGGUUUGGUUUGCUCUGUGGAGCCUGGAACAAACAUUGUGAUACCCCUCCAUGGUCUACAAAAAGAUUCUAGUUAUUGGGAGAACCCGGAUUUGUUUGAUCCUGAAAGAUUCAGUCCGGACAAGAAACACAACAUCGAGAAAUUCACCUUUCUUCCCUUCGGUGAGGGCCCACGAAUGUGCGUGGAAAUGAGGAUGGCUAUACUGCAGAUGAAGGCAUGUCUCGCUAUGUUCUUGAAAAAGUACAGCUUGGAACUUUCUCCGAAAACGCAGUUGCCCUUGAAGUUGGAAGCAAUAAGUUUCAUGAACUCGGCAAAAGGUGGUGCUUGGGCUUUCAUCCGACCGAUUUAAUUGCACGUAUUUUUAAUCUCCUGUAGUUUUGAAGCAACCUUAUUUUUUACCAUCGAAAAUAUUUCUUGCCUAUAAUGAGAUCUUUCAAUACAUCUUACAUAUUAUUUACUGUAUUACAUUUUUUUUCAAUAUCAUCUACUUCUUUUAACUUUGAUAAGCUCUUUAAAAUGUUACGAUAAUCUGUGGUUCGCUGAAUUACUUUUAUACUUUUUUAUACUUUUAUUCUUUUACAUUACAGAUUUUAUAUUUUUCCAAUAAUUUUCGCUUGUAUAUAAAUAUAUUCGAAAAAAUAUGAAGGUUAUAAUAUCUUUUUUUAAUUGCACAAUAUUCCAUUUUGUGUACUCAAGCAGCGCCUACAAUGCGCGUACAAUGCGUUUUAAAUGUGCAUUUUAAUUAACAUUAAAAGCACGUUGUAAAUGCACAUUUACAGCGCAUAUUUAGCCCGCAUUAAAUUUGCGUUUAAUGCAUUAUGGCAGGGUAUUAAAUUCGCAUUUAAUGCACAUUAUGGUAGCGCAUUCAAAAAAUUAUUUUUCGCGUAUCUCGUUUGCUGAUAUCUUACGAAUUCAUGUGUCUACAAUGUUUCUGUAAUAUUGCAUUGCAAUACACAAUAUUGAAAUGUCGCAGUUGCAGUGUUGCUACAAGCGUCUAUGCUGUAUGGGUUUGUCUUCCAACGUUAUUUUUUAUUAAAUCAAUGACAAGUAUUGUUAAAUCAACUACAGAUAUGGCAUUCUGUGACAUCGACAUUUCAUUGACUCGAGAAAUCUCAUUUAGAAAACUCAUCUGGGAAUCCCACUUAGAAAAUCCACUUAGAAUAUCUAGGCGAAACACCCAGUAGGAAUUCCAAUUGGGUUUUCAACUAGGAUUUUUUUAUAAGGAGCACCUGUUCUUAAGUGCUGUUGCUUUAGUGUGCAUAAAUUUUUUAAACUAGUACGAUCACUUCACUAAAAAGAAAAAAAAUUUUAACUUUUUGUACCAGUAUACAUCAGUUUAAGUAGUUUUACGAAAAAGGACAGAUCUUUUGUAAGCAAGCAAUAAUUUGUGGUUUGACGAUGUAUCACGUAAAAAAUUAUUCAUUCAUUUUAUGAAACUUAUUAUUACGAAAUGCGUAAAUAUCUCUUUAAUUUGAAUGCAUUAUAAAUACACAAUUAAUGCAGUUUUAUGCGCAUUAAAAGCGCGUUAUAAGCGCAUUGGCGCUUUUUAAGUAGUUACGCGAUAAAAAAUAUCUUUCAGUUUUAUACACGUUUCUUAUCAUUUGACCAGAUCAAAUGUAUACGCAACAAAGAAUUGCAUCAUCAGUGCGCCAAUAAAACGGUGUCAUUGCUUUUGAUACAAUAAGAUAUAAUGUUAUUACAAAGAAAAUAUAUGUUUUACAUCAAAUCGCGCGAUGUAAGUUAUAUCUUACGUAAUGCUUUUAAUAAUAUCAUAAUAACAAUAUCAUUAAAUAAUGCCAUAUAUAAAUGAAAAUAUACCUUUUUUAUUUUCAAACAUAUAAGUAAGUUUCAUCUUUGUGAAAACUACUAAUAAUAAUCUAAGACUUUGUUAUCAAACUCAUAGACAUGAUUAGAAUGAUAUAUAUGUAAUUUUGUUUAGACAUUUAUAAAAAUAUAUAUGAUUAUAUAGCGGAAAAAUUGUAACUUUUCCUAUACAAUAUAAUAUAAAUCAAACGAUUUGAUUUACAAUUAAUUA